CCAAGAAGACUUUCAUACCAAACACAUACCGCAGACCAUUAUUUCAAGAGACCAGCGAAACUGCGUUAACUGCUAUAUAUUCUGUAUAAAUGCUAUAUUCAUCUACAGAUCCUGGAACCUGAAAGCUGAUAUAUCACAUUCAUCUGGGACAUACAGACCAAAAAAUAGAGGAACUUAGUUUUUUUUUAUUAUUGUUUAUUUAUUCAUUAGUUUAUUUAUUCAUCAUUAUACUUCCUCUUUUUAUCAUCUCACCACUCCCAAUCUUAUCUUUUUGCUUAUAACUAAGUCAUUUGGCUUUUGUUGUCAAAUACUUAUUAUCACAACAAAGUUUUUUUGGGGCAUGGGAGGAGUUCCUAAUUUCUUGAUUUAAGAAGGUAUAAAAACCAAAGUGGGUCUUACUCUGCAGUGUGUUUAACGGAUCAUAACAAUGAAGAUCAUCCUCACACUUUGUCUCAGCAUCACCCUGAUCUCUCAGGGCUACUCUGAUUCUCUGGACUUGUCAUUGGCCAAUGUGUCUGAUGCUGAGAUCAAGUCUCUGUCAGAGACACUGUAUAAGCUAGACUCAAACAGAGCCACGGCCUCUGAGCUGCUGAUUGAUCCUCAGACACUGAUCCCUUCUUCUCAGACCGGCUCCGGAAAUGACCUCUCACCACAGCCAUUGUUCAAGGAAGUGAGCAGUAUGUUGCUCUCCAAGCCCACAUAUAAAGCUUUCCUGGAUCUGCUGGACAACUAUAAAAAGAUGACAGGAGAAGUGGAGGACGUGCCUUCACAUGAAGAGCAGGAGCAGGACUCGUUCCUCCAGCAGACCAUGAACACCAACCUGGCGAAAGAGCUUUACAAUUUCCUUCACUCUAAAGGUGUGUAUGGAUCACAGAGUGAGUUCCUCCAGGACUUGAAGAUGAUGUGGUUCGGCCUUUACUCUCGAUCAGACGGAGUCAAACUGGACUCCAGCGGCUUCGAGCACAUCUUUGUAGGUGAAAUCAAGGGCGGAAAAGUGUCCGGUUUCCACAACUGGGUGCAGUUUUAUCAGUGUGAGAAACAGGGAAUCCUGAAUUACUACAGCCACAGUUUUGACGGUCCUUGGACUACGUAUCCUGAUGUGUUGGGAAUGCAGUUUAACUGGGAUGGAUAUUUCAAAGAGCUUGGUUCUGCCUUUAUUGGCUGUAGUCCUGAGUUUGAUCUGGCCAUCUACAGCCUCUGCUACAUCACCCGUCCUGGCAAGAAGUGUAAUGUGAGUUUGGGAGGACACAGUCUGGGCAUUCAGACCUACACAUGGGACAAGAGCAGCUAUGGAGAUGGAAAGAAGUUCAUCGGCUCUGCUUACCCCAUAACACCCUGAUUCAGAUGAUCAACUUAAUGCACCAGCAGCAACAGGUUCAACUAACACAACUCUCAAAUAUGAAAAAUUUAUCAUUUUCUUGGCUACUGAAGAAAAUAAAAAGCACAUUUCUGUCUUUA